AUGGCGUUAUCAUUCACGAUAAAAAUCCACAGAGGGGAACGGGAUCGCGUUGCGUUGUCUCUGGUUUCUCAGGUUCGAGCAGCUGCCGCGGAUGUCUUUCUCUGUCAAGCUCCGACGGCUACUGGAGGUUGGUUGACUGACCUGGUUCGUGUUUAUGAUGCUACGGACGAAGG